AUGACUCUUACAAUUAAUCUUGAAUUUAGUGGAGGCAUGGAACUCUUGUUUGAUCAUCAACGCAGUAUAGCAGCGACUCUGCCAGACACAUUUAUUGCUGGCACAUCUACACUGAGAGACCUUAUUGCAUGGACUGCAUCCAACCUACUCAAAGAGCGUCCAGAGUUGUUUAUUCAAGGCGACUCAGUACGGCCUGGAAUCUUGGUACUAAUCAAUGACGUUGACUGGGAACUACUGGGUGAAUUAGAUUAUGUCUUGUGUGACAAGGACACCGUUGUUUUUAUUUCGACUUUGCAUGGUGGUUAA